AUGACGUUAUCCUUCAGAAUUAACAGGCCGGCUCUGGCCUACUCCAUGACCACAUUAGGAGCUGGAAUGAUGAACCAUAUAUUUAACUUUUAUUACGUGAAGCUGUUUCUUAACCGGUACAAAAUAUCUGAGGGAUCUUUUCAUCAAGCUCAGGUUGUGUUCAUGAUCUGGAAUGCCAUCAAUGAUCCUUUAUUUGGGUACAUACAAGAUAAUUCAAAGUCAGACUUCUGCUCUAUACGCCGCAGGUCCAUCUUAUUUGGAGCACCAUUUUAUGCUUUGGCCUUCCUAAUACCUUGGUUUCCCUGGAAAGAUUACACAGAAGGUGAAUGGCUUAGUGGCAUCCAUCUUGUUGUAGCACUGUGUGUGUUUGAUGGCAUGCUUACCUUUGUUCUGCUUGCCCAGUGUGCCCUCUUUGCUGAGAUUUCAACGAAGCACGAAAGCCGUCUUCAACUCAUUAAAUACAACCAGGUGGCUUCGCUGCUGGGCUCCUCAAGCAUCCUUUUUUGUGGACUUAUAUCUGAUAACAUGGAGAACAUUACAAGAUUUCAGACAUUCACUUUGUGCGUGGCGGUACUGUCCACUGUAUGCAUGUGUUUAUACCGGUUUGUUUGGAGUGACCCAGUAUGAAGAGAAGUUUCUGGAGGGCAGCAGCCGGUCAGACACCUCACUAUCCUGGUCCUCUGUUCUGAAUCUCACUAAGCAGAUCCUCACUCAAAAAAACUUUCUUCUAUUUGUGUCUAUGAACUUUUUUCAAGUUUUCCAUGCUACUUUUUGCAGUAACUUCAUGAUGAUAUUUGCUGAUAACCUAAUUCCCAAAGACGCUCUUCCUUCCUUUGUAAGAAGCAUCAUGUAUGGAGCCGGAUCUAUAUUUCCU